UGAGUUUGCAAAAACAAAUCACGUGAUGUACGAUGAGGUACUAUUUAAGAACCGCUCUGCCUGCUAACUUUACAGGCUAAGAGUGAAAUCUACAGUACAGGAAAAGAGUAGUGACAAUAAGAACAGUAAUCAUGGAGAUCAAACUCGUGUUAGUUUUUGUUUUCUGCGCCUGUGUUUGCUUUGCAAAUGGCUGUAACAGAAGUUCAAGCGGCAAUAACAAUUGUUCAGGUGGUUCAUGUAAUAGUGGCAGGUCACUAACAAAGUACGCCAGAAGCCAAGAAGGAAAUGCUGAAAAGAAAGGACAAAGUUCCAAAACUGAGCUUCAAGGUGAUCUAUGUAAUUUCAAUAGGUACGAUAUCAACCUGGAUGGAGUAAUCGAAAAGGACGAAGUGUUGGCUAUAAUCAGUACCAGUGCGAAAACCGACGCAGUAUUCGCUGUCUUAGAUUUAAUGAAAGAUAACAAAGCAGUAACACGAGAUGAAUUCUAUGCCUUGGUACCUAUGUUCAUAGAUGAAUGUUCCGACUCCCACAAGGAAUAACAUUCUGUGUCCAUUUACAUGAAAAUUGUGUUUGGAAAAAAAUAAUAGAAAUAUUACGGACAAUAACAGAUAUUAAAGUAAAUUGUAUUUGUAUAAAAAGGAUCUCAUUGCUUUUAUUAGCUUUAGGUAUCUAUUUUAAAUGUUCCCAUUUUACUGAUAUAACAGUAUUUUAUUUCAAACUUUAACUAUUACUAAAUUAUCAUUUUAGCCGUAUAUUGCUAGUAACUCAUCAAUAAAAAUAACAGACAAUAAAAUACCUUAAAAGUAAA